AUGGCUAUUUGCAGAGAAUAUGGGAAUCCAGAUUUGUUUAUCACAAUGACGGCCAAUCCUAAUUGGAGAGAGAUUAAAGAUCAUCUUGAUAGAUAUGGUGGAGACUCUCCCAAUGAUAGACCGGACAUUGAAUGUCGAGUCUUUAAAAUGAAGUUAGAUCAGCUACUUGAGGAUUUCAAAAAAGGAAUUUUCUUCAAGCCAUACACAACAGCUCUCCACAUGAUAGAGUUUCAAAACAGAGGGCUCCCCCAUGCACAUAUAUUAUUGUGGUUUGGAAGAUCUUCCAGAACACCAAGUGCAGAGGAAGUAGAUGAUAUUAUUUCAGCCGAGCUCCCAAACAAAGGAGAGGACCCAGAGGCUUACAAUUUAGUAACAAAACACAUGAUCCAUGACCCAUGUGGUGUUAUUAAUCCGAAGUCACCAUGUAUGGAGAAUAAUGUGUGCACGAAAAAGUAUCCUCGCCCGUAUAAUGACAAUACUUCGAUUGACAAAUCAGGGUAUGUAUUAUAUCGUCGCCGCCGGAAUGAAAAUGCGUAUGUGGUAAAGGAUGGGGUAAUUCUAAACAAUACUUUUGUUGUACCUCAUAACGUUAAGCUCCUAAAGAAGUACGAAGCUCAUAUUAAUGUGGAAUGGUGUAAUCGUACAAGCGCAGUGAAGUACUUAUUCAAGUAUAUAACCAAAGGUGUUGAUAGAGCAUCCGCAGUUAUUGAAAGGGGAAAUACGGCAACUGCACCUGACUUAGUGGCUUCUGGAGAACCAAUUGAAAGAGUUAUUAAGCAACGGAAUGAGAUCCAAGACUACGUCGAUGCUCGGUAUUUAUCAACUUGUGAGUCUAUGUGGCGGACUUUCGCAUUCCACAUACACAAAAGAAAGCCAUCAGUUGAGAAGCUUAUCUUUCACUUAGAAGGUGAACAUAACAUCACAAUUAAAUCAACUGAUAACCUCGGCCGUGUGAUCCGCAAGCCAGGUAUUGAGAAGACGAUGUUCAUUGAAUGGAUGGUCUUAUGCAGAAGGAUCCUCAUAAACAAGAUUAAGGGUCCUAGAAGUUAUGACGAGCUAAAAACCUUUAACGAUGUGAAAUACCCUGACUUCAAAUCGGUUUGCCACGCAAGAGGCUAUUUGGAUAAUGAUGUUGAAUGGCUUGAGAGUAUGACUGAGGGUGCUAGAACGGCUACCCCAUUCCAACUCCGCGAUAUGUUUGUCUUAUUCCUAAACAAUUGCUUCGUUGCGAGCCCUGAAAAACUAUGGGAACACUCAUGGAAAUCAAUGAGCGAGGACAUACUUUACAAGAGGCAACGACUCUUAGGUCACACAAAUCUGGAACUGGACGAUGAGACCCUUGAGCAAUACACGUUAAUCGAAGUGGAAAAGUUGAUGUGCAUGCAUGAUCGCUCAUUAGAUGAUAUUAAGGAGAUGCCAAAGAUCAAACUAGUUUUGCUAAAAGAAUUAGGGAACAGUUUGUGGAACCAAGAAAUGGAUUACGAUGUUGCUGAGGAAACACUAAGACAUGACACGCAGUACAACUUACUUAAUGCUGAUCAGCGUGCGAUUUACGAAUCAGUCUUAGACUCUGUUGAUAAAAAGAUGGAAAAUUAUUCUUUGUAUAUGGCGCAGGAGGCACAUGGAAAACAUUUCUAUAUCAAGCCAUUAUAUCCAGACUUCGCUCCAGAAAACAAAUCAUUAUGCCGGUUUCUUCUUCAGGAAUAG